CUCAAAGACACGGUCACGCACGACGUGGUGGACUAGGCGCGAGCUCGCGUUUCUCCAACAGACCAUCACCAAAGUCCUUGUCAAGAAAAAGGACGGGAAAUUGUUGAUUGCGUCCGGUUCGAAAAUGCCGAAAGUAUCAGAAGCGGCUCAGGAAACGCAGAGGACAAGACCUCCGAGGGUAGCAGCACCAGCAGUAUCCUUCUGUAAUAAGAAUGAGGAGGAGGAGGAGAUCCUCGGAGUAGUACUUGACGAGAUUCGAGUCCAAGAAGAGGACGAAGACGACUUUGCCGGCAUAGGCAGACUUCUCAAGGAUUUGUACAAGCGUCAAGCCAAGAAAACUACCCUUGCCAAUGCUGCUUAUGAAAAUCAGAAAAAGGCCAUCUACACUGCAGGGCGCCACCUGGCUCAAGAAAUCGUCCGAGACGCGGUCCGACAGCUCGACAACGUUGAAGAGUCUCUACUCGAAAUGAAGAAACGCGAGUGGUCAUACGAACGAUACGUUGCUGAUAUCAUUCCCCUAUGGAACGAACAAGAUGCAUUGAUCAACCAACUCCUGGAUACGUAUGAUCAUCCCUUGGAUGAUGUAUUCCCAAAUCGAGCAGAAACCAUCGCCUCCGCUGAACAAACACGUUUGUCAUGCCUCGUUUGAUAACUGUACAGACGGAUCUGAACCUUCGCCAGUCAAGGAGAAUCCUGCUCGGAGGAAGAAGGCCCUCGAACAGUUUUUAGGUAAAGCGCGUGAGCAACUCGAAGAAAGUUGUAGAAACAAAGAGGCUGCCACGGACGCAUCAAAACUGAUUAAACACUACAAGGCUUUGCUCCUUGCUUAAACUUGUUGCUUGCUCCGAUCUGCUGGACUUUGCUGGUAUCCGCCGUCUAAGAAUUUCAAGUGAAUGCGCUCCGUUUCCUGCUACGAUGUAUACAAUUCUGUAAUGUACAAAAACUUGAAGAAUUAGAAUCUCGCC